CUUAUCCGCCCGCCCCAUACAACGUUACAUCGGGAACUUAUCUCAACAUAUAAAUAACCCAAUCGACGGUAUAAAACACCCAGGAACAGUUACGUUCGAAAUUUAAAACCAGUUCCAAAAAUUUUUGGGAUCAGUGACUUCGGUUUUGAUGAUCAGUUCUCUUGCGAAUGCUAUUGCAAAAGUGUAGUUUAAAGUUAGUAACUCGCGUUACAUCUUAUAUAAAUUGACGAAGAAUUUUAUGUAAAUGUAUAUUAUAUGCAGAUAAGCUGAGUGGUAUUAUGUUGUAGACUCUAUCUUAUUAGGAAUAUGGAAAUAUUCAGAUAUAUUUUCGUUGUUAUAACGUUAUUUAUCGUUACCUACGGAUCAUCCACCCCAAACUCAAGGGUCGAAAACACUACACACAACUGUCCAUUCACAAAAAUUAUAGAAGAUAUAUUCAACAUUAAAAACAAUAGCUCGAAUAAUGUGAGGUAUUGGAAAAAUAAUAGAACGAAUUUAUAUUUAAAUUCAACUAACAAUUUCAUUUCCGCUAAUCAAAAUAUCAGCAAAUCUAUACAAGAUGAACUAGUAAACGACAUUAUUGCAUCGAUACGAAGAAUUAAAGCAAAUCUAACUAUCUCUGAAGACAAUAAGUUGAAUGAAGCAAUUAUACUUAAUGUACCAAAAAAUAAUAAUGAGAUUACCGAAGCGGAAGUAGGAAAUAAAAAAGUAAAUCAAAUAAAAAGUGGUAUUGAGAACAAAGCAGAUGUUACUAAUUUCAAUUCACCAAAUUCGAAAAACAACGACAAGCACAAGACAGAGAGUACGAAAGUUACAAACACAAAACCUACAAGAAUCAACAAUAACUCCAACAAAGUUAAUUACGUCGAAAUACUAACAAUAGAACCCAAUAACACUAGUAUCAACAACUCUUCUGCACAUAGUAUUCUAGACGUUUUAAAGAAUAUAAUGCCUUCUCUCAAUUCUUCAAUGACAAAAGAUCUUCACAGCAUCACUAUCAUUGAACGGAAUCAAAACAAAAACCAUUCAUAUAGUGAAACUAAAAAUAUUUCGACGAUAAUUGUUAAGUACUGUGAUAAGGAUAACUUGACGAGAGGAAACGAAACAGUUACUGAUUCUGAAGUCAAAAUACCUGAUGAAAACGUGAAGGCGGUUUAUUCGCCAAAUGAACCUUUCGCAGGUGAUGAUGAUGAAGAUGAUGAUGAUGAUUUAGAUGAUGAUACGAACUACGAAGAAGCUUAUGAUGAAAAUACCUCGAAUAAUAGUACCAAUGAAAGUACAAAGGAUGUGUUGGAAGCGGCUGAUUAUGGGUUACAGAUGAUGCACGAAUUGUAUGGUGUAUUCGAGCCAAAAUUAUAUUCAAUGGGACUAAUGUUGAACGAGAAAGAUCCGGCACGCUACGUGGCGGCUUUCAACGCGCCUUCAGAAGAGAUCGUCAAAUAUUCCAGAUAUGGCUACGCAUCGCUGCAAGCUGCUUCUAGACUGAGACAACUGACAAGUAACAAUGGUGAUCGUCUGGAGAGUCGCACGGAAGAAAGCCUGUUCCCAGGCGCAAGCGCACUGCGGCAGUCAUCUUUAUUGGAACAGUGCCCACUACGCGGACCCCCUAAAUGCCCACCUGCUUCUAAAAGAUAUCGCACACACGAUGGUACGUGUAACAACCUGAACCGUCCAAGAUGGGGCGCCACCAUGACACCAGUUCAACGUUUCCUACAACCAGUUUAUUCUGACGGCAUCCAAGCACCGCGUAAAUCAUUCUUCGGUACCACUCUCCCAUCAGCAAGAGAAAUUAGUGCAUUAAUUCACGAAGACAAAAACGCUGAGAACCCUGGCAUAACCCACUUACUGAUGCAGUGGGGCCAGUUCUUGGAUCAUGAUGUAACAUCCUCCUCCCAAUCGAGAGGAUUCAACGGAUCAGUGCCUAGGUGUUGUAAGGAUGGUGGAAGAGAUUUUAUACCUAAGGAACUUAUGCACCCAGAAUGCAUGCCUAUUGCCGUCCCACCAUCGGAUCCAUUCUACGGUCCAAGGGGUGUUCGUUGUCUGGACUUUGUGCGUUCAUCCCCAGCUCCUCGAGAUGACUGUGCACUGGGGUGGCGUGAGCAGUUUAACCAAGUAUCUGCGUACAUAGACGGCUCCCCACUAUAUGCCAGCUCUGCUAGACAAUCGGACAAACUUAGGCUGUUUAGGAAUGGGAUGUUGCAAUACGGACGUGUCCAGCAGCGCCGACCACUGUUGCCGCCGGACCGCGACGAGCUGUGUCGCGGGGGAGCGGUCUCCACCGAUUGCUUCAAGUCUGGUGACGCGCGCGUCAACGAGCAUCCCGGACUCGUCGCAGCUCACAUCGUCUGGCUAAGACAGCAUAACAGAAUGGCUCAAGAGCUCGCGCAUUUAAAUCCCCAUUGGAGCGAUGAAAAAAUCUACCAGGAGACACGCAAGAUUGUAGGCGCCAUGGUUCAACACAUCACCUAUAGAGAAUUUCUACCUAUUGUUUUAGGGUCUGAAGUAAUGCGGCUAUUUGAACUGGAACUACAACAAAAGGGCUUCUAUCGUGGCUAUAGCCCAAAAAUCAGCGCAAGCCCAGCUAGUUCCUUUGGAUCUGCUGCUUUUCGCUUCGGACACAGCCUCGUGCAGUCUUCCUUUGUUCGCUUUGACAGGUUUCAUCAUCCCCUUAAUAACAAUGUUUCUCUCCACGAUGAACUAACAAACCCAUCUAACAUCUGGAGUAUGGGCGCUGUCGAUCGCCUCCUCCUUGGCAUGGUUAACCAACCAAUUCAGAAACGCGAUGAAUUUAUUACCGAGGAGUUAACAAAUCAUCUGUUCCAAACUCCUCACUUUAGUUUCGGUAUGGAUUUGGCAGCUAUCAACAUCCAAAGAGGGAGAGACCAUGGAGUCCCACCAUACACAUCUUGGAGAGAACCCUGUGGGUUGUCAGCUAUUAGUAACUUUGAAGAUCUGUUUAGAAUCAUGCCAGCAAGAGUUGUUAGGAAACUGAAGGUUUUAUAUAGACACGUAGACGAUAUUGACCUAUUUACUGGAGGCAUGGCGGAACGCCCUGUGGUUGGAGGUUUAGUGGGACCGACAUUCGCCUGCAUCAUAGCUCAACAAUUUUCCAAUUUGCGGAAAGGUGAUCGUUUUUGGUAUGAGAACGGAGAGUUUGAAUCGUCGUUCACGCCAGCACAGUUGCAACAGAUACGCAGGAUAUCUCUAGCACAAGUUCUUUGUCGUACAUUAGAUUCUAUUGACAACAUUCAACCUUUCGCUUUUCUUUCUCCUGACAACCCUGACAAUGAACGAAUAUCAUGCCGUAAUGGAUUGCUAAAUAAUUUUGAUUUAUCUCCCUGGAUUGAAAUACAUUCAGACUCAAGUAAUGACGUCCGAAAAUCCGAUGAAGAUGUACCCGCUACUACUAAGCCUAGAAGAACUAAGCCCACCAUUGCUGGGCCUAUAACAACUACUAAGAAAUCUCAAAAAGUAGCACAAGCUAAUAGAAAGAAACCAAAUUCUGUAAACGACUUAAAUAACACACAAAAAAAUAUUCAUAAACUCAACACUACUGAAUUUAAUGACAAUAACCGUACAGAUAAUAAAACUACAAAGUCAAAACCUAAUAUAAUAGUACAAGCGAUUGACGACAAACUAGACUUUAAAAACAAGACUAGACGUUACAACGACGUCGACAUCAGUAGUCGAUACAACCCGACUCGACAAUACAGUGACUAUUACGACGACGUUCAAAACGUACAAUCCGUAGUUAUUAACAACUUACCCAAUAAAAAAAGACCUAGUAGACCUUACAUAUCUGUGACUGAAAAUAUAGACAAAUAUACAUAUUUAAUAAAUUACGUACCGAGACCAACUCAAUCGUGGCGACAGACUACAAGACGAAACCACGAUAGAGAUGUAGUAAAAGUAACUUACCAAACAUAUGACGAUACUUACAGACGACCAAACAGACCGUACUAUAACAGAGACGACUUAGACAAUGACUUUGAAUCGCGUGACAACAAACCCAUUGUACCUGUGACAGAAAACUUUCAAUCCUCAGCUAGGUCCAAUGACGACGAUACUUUUGAACCAACACUUUCUACAGAAAAAACUUUACUGACUGACCGACCGAAACUUCCUAUAGAUAAGUCUUCGCAAGUUGACAAAAUUAAUCCAACGACUGAGAACAUUUACAAAUUACUUACUUUCGGAUACGUAGGGACUUACAGAGGUGACGCGAUCACCAAUACUAACAAAGACAAUACUCGUAUUGCUGACAAUGACAAAAUACAUGACGUAAUAAGUAAAGACUUUUCGACUGUUGCGACUGACAAAGAUGAUGCUAACUUUACAGAUGACUUAAAUAAUACUAAACUUUCAACUUUUAUCCUUUAUGAGACCGCGACAAAACCUUACAACUUACACAGACCGACAAGACGAAACGAUGACGAACAUUUGACUGUAGAUUCAAAAAAUAAAUACUUUUUCAUGCAUAACGUUUUACGAAAAUAUCCAGAUGGAUCAUCGUUGAAGGACUAUAACCAAAUAAAAGGAGAAAAUGCAAAUGAUAAUAUAAAAACUAAUUCUCCAACGUUAGAUGAUUUAGGAAUGCAGGAAAGAUCAGGGAUAAAUAAAUUAUCUUCAAACAUAGAUGAGUCUAAACCAAUCAGUAGUAAUAAGCCGAAACAUAAGAGACCUGCCAGUUCUGUGAAAACUCCAUCAGUAGCUUUCCAAAUAAUACCAAGUGAAAACAACCCUUCACAGUGGGCAGUAUACGACGAGAAAGAAGACCUUCCUGGUGGAUUCCCCCAGAGGAUGCCCUCCAUCAAAUCUGACCCCUACGCUCUUCGAGAAAUUCCUCGACCUAUGAACUUCAACUCUUUCAGACGAAGACCUGGAAGAAUUUAAUUAUGGAACAAUUUACCAACUUCACUUUAAUUUUUAUAAUAUUAGUAUUUAAGAUAUUCAGUUUAAAA